AUGUGCUGCGGACAAUUUAGUGAAGCGGAAAAUGCGCCUCUGGUGCGUCUUCUGUCUCUGGUGCCUGCCGCCACCGCCACCGUCACGUGCUACGAGAUGGAGCGCUACCUGAAGGACGAGCCCAAGCUCCAGUCGUACAAGAAGCUGCCGUCGGAGCUGGAGUCGCCGUGGAACCUGCUGGGCGGGCCCACGGCGCCGUCCUCGUGGCCCUCCAAGAUGGAGAUGGUGGACCCGCUGACGCUGGACGAGCUGGACCUCGGGGAGCAGCCGCUGGACAGCGUCAGCCUGAGCUCGGCGUCGUCGGCGUGCAGCGGCGCCUCCUGGGACUCGGCGCUCAGCUGCGCCGUCGUGGCGACGAGCCAGCUGCUGGGCGGCAACCCCCUGGAGCUUCGGCUAGUGGCGCGCACCUCGAACGGCCGCGGGGGCGGCGACGGAGGCGGCGGUGGCGGCGGCGGCGGGGGCGGCGGGAAGGGCCUGCUGCCGACGCUGACGCCGCCUUCGAGUCCCGAGUCGGGCCCCGGCCACAGCAACAGCAGCAGUAGCAGUAGCUCCUCGGCCAGCGACGCGCUGGCGGCGGCAACGCUCAGCGCGCAGGGCCUGCACCACCACCCGCAUCACCACCACCACCAGGUACGGCGUUCGACUCACCACCUCUCUCAUCACCCCCUCACCCUGAUCGGAUACGGCCUUCGUUUCCCACCAUCCUCAUCACCUCCACCUAGCCAAGCAUAA